GUGAUGGUAUUCGUAAAUAAAAUCGCAAGAAUAGUUCACAACUGCGCGGACGAAUGGCAAGGCGCUGCCAACAAGAAUCUCGGCGACAGUUUUUUGCUCACGUGGUUGUUACCACCGAUGGAACAUUCUGAGGUCGUUGCUGAGGCAAGGCGCGGGUUGGGGCAGUGUUGGAAUAUAU